AUUUCGAUUCUCAUCUUCCUCUUGAUUUGUCUUCUUCUCUUUGCUGCGGAGAGAAAAGGAACCCAAGGGUUUAAGCAAGAGACGCGGCGAGGAAGCUAUCCAUAACUCUCUAGAAACAUCCAUUCCCUUUUCUCAUGGACGCAGCGUUGCCGGAAACCGCCGUGGGAACCGGUGUUAUGGUUAUCGGAGAUAAUGGAUUGAAUGUAGAUCCUUUUCUGGUUGAGGCUUUGCAGAACUCUCGCCAUCGUCUCACGAUUUUGCGGAUGGAACUUGAUGUUCAAAGGUUGUUGCAGAACCCUGAACAGCAGCAGUUUGAGUUCCAGCAUUUUCCUACUUCGUAUCUUCGUCUUGCAGCACAUCGUGUUGCUAACCAUUAUGGACUAGCUACCGCGGUUCAAGAGAGUGGUGUUGAUGGAAAUGAAAACAGAAUCCUUGUGACAAAAACAACAGAGAGCAAAUUCCCUGCUGUUCGGUUGUCUGAAAUCCCGGUGGCUAAACAAUCAGAAAAUGGUAAGUUUGAGAGCAUGAAAGUUUCCAUCAAGACUCGACCUUCUAAAGGAUCUGGAUAUGGUGCUGGUGAACUGGAAAAUAAACGUGGUCCUCUUAGAAGUGUGGAAGAGAGGAAAGAAGAGUAUGACAGGGCUCGAGAACGCAUAUUUAGUGGUCUUACAGGUCUUAAUUGUGAUGACUCUUCAUCUGAAACUCAGGUGUAUGGGAGGAAUACAAGUCUUAACAGAGAUGACAAGCAAGUAUCUAAGAAUGCUUACGUUGAGGUCAAGAAGAACUUAAGCCUCAGGGAAAGUGGUCAAACAUCUCGUGUUGCAAUAUUUAGAGACAGAGAGAAAGAUCGCUUUGACCCUGAUUAUGACCGCAGACAUGAAAGGUACAUUAGGAGCCUUCCGGUGAAUCAGAACUUCAAUCUACCACCCUUCAACAUUCAGCAAAUGCCGACACCAUACUACGAAAUGGGAUUCACUGGAUAUAACCAUAUUCCAAGUACUCCUGCUCCUCUUGGCUUCGUGCCAACUUCAAGCUCUAUCAUGAGUCCCUAUGGCACCACAAUGGAUGCAAUGUAUAUGCAUUGGCCUAAUGCAGCUAUGAUGUAUGCUCAUCCGUAUGAGCAGUUAAGGAAUGGCUCUCUCCAGGCACAGUUCGUUCAACAACCCUUGAGCUUCGACUACAUGCAGAACCGCUAGGUGCUCGUCUCUUUGUCAAUCUUUAUCUCUGUUUACCAGUUUUUUUUUUUGUAGAACCUAGGAACUGUUGUAAUGGAAAUUUUGGAGUUGUAAUGUCAAAAUUCAGGAUGAAGAUACCUUUUGUUCCUUUUACAAUGAUCAGAUUCUGUAUGUUAUGUCAACCAAUUGACUACUUUUGUGGGUCAAAUCAUCAUCGAAAUUCUCUGUUUUGAACUGAAUGUUUAGUGUCAUUGGCUGCAAAAGAGCUGUCCUUUAGGUUUGCAUUGCACGAGAUAAAGAAUCAGUCUUCCA